UAGGCUUCUAGAUUUGUCUAAACAUGGAAGCGACUGAAAACUGUACGUGGGCGCCAGAAGGCAGUGCAGUUACGGAUACUCAAGAUUAUUGGUUGAAUGACCUUCAGGCAAAACGACAGACAGCUUUCCAAGUGAUUUCAGCUUUUUUCAUACUGAUUUCAUCAUACAUUGUCGCAGUUUUAAGCUAUAGAGGGGUUAAGAUUGGUCCCUGUUCCGGAAGGAAAUGCGUCGUCAAAAAAAUCGAAGUUCGUUAUCGAUAUCUUAUGGAAGCCGCAAUUUUAUCGACUUCAGUAUUUGGACUUGCCAGAUUUUUGUUAUCUGGACUGGACUGUAUAAUAGAAGUUUAUGGAGUGGAUAUAUGCAAUGAAGCCAACAUAAUGAAAAGCAUUUGUAGUUCAGGCUCGUUCUUCUCUCUUUACUACGCUCUAUGGCUUCGUCAAAGAGUGUUUUACUGUACACCUAUAAUGCAGCAUCGUACCACCGCGUUCACUCGAUUUGUCAGUGCAACUGUGCCAUAUCUGUUGACAUUCACUGCUAUUAUAAUCCCGUGUAUGUUUAUAUUUCCCCAGACCUAUUCCUUGAAGCGGUUUGGUUGUGUUGCAAUAUCUACAAGUUUCUCAAGAACCUAUAUUUGGGUUAUAUGUGGAGGAGCUUCAUUCUUAUUACAAAUCUGUUUGCUUUUUCUAUUUGCGUUUCCCUUGGUAUUGUACCAACCAGAAUCAUUAAGUUUCAAAGGUUCGGAAAACAAAAAAUCUAGAGUCGUGUUACGACGAGCAUUUUUUGUUACUCUUGUAUGUGUGAUCGUGGAUAUUUCUAUUGCUAUCAUACAAGGCACAAAUAAACUCAAAUACAACAUAAUAAACCCUCUCGCUUUUUUAACCAAACUCCUGGUGAAUGUAAUCUCGACAUGCAUGCUGUUGAAUGACUGGCAAAAGGUGUUGUUUCCAUUUUCAUGCCGCAGGAUGGACGUAAAAGCAUUGGACAGACCUACUCUUCCAUCCCAGUUAAAGUUUUAAUAAAAUUUGAUUUCCAGAUAGAAUUGUUCAUCAACUUUGCGUCUGUAUUAAUCUUUUGAAAAAGUAGUAAUGAAUCUUUGCAUUAACGUUUUUUCCUUAUUUGUAUCAUUUAAUUAUUGCCGAAAGAAUGAUCUCAUAAUUUACUUUGAUAACAUGAAAAUCAAAAAAGAGUCUCUUAACUUUAUAUAAUUUCAAAAAUUUAAAUCUUUUUCUGCUCAUAGUUUUGUCAAAUUUUACACAUUUGCUCAUCUUUCACAUUUUGUUUUGUGUUUUUAUUUUUUUAUGUUAAUUUUAAAUGUUUUAUUUCCUCCAAACAAAGAUCUAAUUAAGCUGUCCGUCUGAAAUAUUAUACGAUUUCAAAGUUUUAUAGUUCACUUACAAUUACUACAGACGUUACAGAUUUUGAAAUUUUGAUUAAUUCAGUUUGGGGAGAUGUUUCCAAAAUUUGUGGGUGAAAAUAUUUUAAUAUCAGUGAUAAUAUUAAUUGUAACAAAUAUGUGUGACGCAACUGACUGAUCAUCUGCACAAGUGUAAAAGUCACUUUCCUUAUACUGAAAUACAAUUCUAUGUAUUUACAUUUAUUUCUUAUCACACCUCUAUAUUAAAUGGAAGGGGGGUUCAAAAUUCUACAGGGGUGUUCAUUCUCUAUCGGGGUGUAGAGAAAUCACUGGCCUAGUUAUACUUGAAUUAAAUUCAUCUGUGUUAGUAUGUGAUCCGAACAAUUUAAUUUGUGAUUAAUCUGAAUAUCUUCAUCUAGCGCUUAUAUGUAUACACAUCAUUAUUGUUUUCCGAAUUAAAGCAGUGAUAUGGCAUUUAUCAAAUGUCAAUAUUUCGAAUGAAAUUGUGGUUGUUACUCUUUUGACAGCGAAAUAUGCUCGAAAGUAAUCUUACGGAGAACUGCAACUUUGAAUUUCGGAUUUUCGAUAACAAACUCAAACAACAUAAUACAUGAAUAGCAAAUUUUAAUUAUUGUUUCUAUCAAUAUUUAAUUCAAGUUUUUGAAUAUGAACCACUACCAGCCUAGACAUCUGUAUUAACACAUUGCAAAUAGCUAUUCCAUUCAAUGUUUCUUCUCAAAUAUUUACGAUACGUUUGAUGAGGCUGAAUACUAAACUAACAUUGCAAUUUCGAUGACGCGAGAUCACAGAAUACUGUUUUCCUAAGAAUAGAUUUUCGUAUAAAUAAAAAUAUAAAUUGUGUUAUCGUGUGGGUUUCUACGAAACUAACUACCUAACCUUUUUCAAUUCUUUUGUUCCGGUGGAUUCGUAUGCAUAUAAUACAAGGAUUCUAUAGCAAUCACUUAGUACACGAUAAAUUAUGUUAAAUUUACAAUUUUUUUUUGCAACACCAAUUUUGAAAAUCUACAAUUUCAAAAUACG